CGGUCAUGUUCGUGCCUGUGACAGUGUACAAGAGCGAUGACUUCUUGGAGGAAUUCGUGACUGCCUUUCUGGAGCACCUCAAGGAUAACGGCCUGGAGGACACUCCCGAAGUCAGGAGUGACAUCGAUUUCUUCGUGGACGUGGAAAAGAAAAUGGCUGAGCUCUCGGCUCAUCCCAAGCGGCGCCUCUACAAACCCGUCGAGCGACCCACCUUGACUGGCGACCUUAAUAAGCUCCUAUCAUCCGACAUCAUCGGGUGCAAAGGAAAGCCGUACGUCUGGGCCAACGAAGACCACUACAAUGGCGUCAAGGAUUUAAUCGAUAAAAUGGAGAACUCUUCGCUCACGCUGUACAUCAUCAUGUGGUCUAUCCAAACGUUCUCAAUCGCCGGCAAGGAAAACACGCCAUUAGCGCGCCUUCACUACCGCUACGUGGAGCUGCUGUACAACCCACCCCCCGCCGAGCGUCGCUGCAUCGACUACUUGGAGCCGAUGCUGCGCCAAUAUUACCUGGACCACCUGCGAAUAACGCACGUCUAUCAACGAGACGACCUGCCGCGCAAGUCUCAGAUGCAGGCCAAGCAGGCCAUGAAGAGGCUCGUGCAAGCGCUCAAGGGAUUUCUGGAGCACUCGGCGCUGGCCGACGCGGACGUUACCAAGGCGAGCAGCUUGUUGGAUGGUGUGAAGUUCGAGCUCUUCUACCCCGGCAAGUUUACCGAGCCCGGCUUCAGCGAUGCUCACUACGCAGUAGCUUUUGCUGCCCCGGCGUCAGCGGUUGGAGGACAGAGACUGGAUGCGUUCCGAUCUUUGGUUGGCCCGUUCGUCAGCCGCUCACCCGAACUGAACACGGGGUGGCCCAUACCUUCGUUUUCCCACGACCCCGUGUACCUGCCCGGCAUUAAUACAAUCUACGUUCCGUAUCCGGUGUUUGCGUGGGCCUACAUGCACAGCCGAAGCAAACUGCCAUUCAGCAUUCCUGUCUACGGGCUCAAACUCCUCCGCGAACUCUUCAAGGUCAUCGACUACCGCGCUCAAUGGUGGGUGGGCAAGGGCAGUGCCACUGAAGCUGCCUACCAGGGGCUCGAAGACUGCGUGAAGGACCUCGAACAGAUCUACCAGAUUGCCAAAGAGCCCGUAGAGCGCUACGAGACCAUCGCAGAGAUCGCGGCUGUUCACGUGCUCUACAAGAUGUACACGGAGGAGGUUCAAAUCAACAAGAGGACAGCCGUAGAUGUGCGGCUGCCGUUCCUCAGGACGGUCCACUCCACCACGCAGUUCUUCGUCGCCUUGGCUUCGGAAAUGUGCACCCGAACAGACGAAGGAGCCAGAAAUGUAUUGAGGAUGUAUGGCGUCAAGACAGCGGAGCAGAGGAUGGAGUUAUUGGCCAACCACAUGCCCCAGUACACGGAGCACUUUGGCUGCUACCCAUCUCAGAGGAUGCACUUCAGCAGGCGCUACACGCGAUGCCUGUUUUGGAGGCGCUGA